AUGUUAGUAACUGUAGCUAAUGGUGCCAAAACUACCAGUACGGGGAUUUGCCAACAAUUUCAGUGGACAAUACGACACCAACCAUUCUAUGUUGACUUCAGAUUACUUCCACUUGGAGGCUGUGAUUUGGUUUUAGGAGAAGAUUGGCUGAGAAUAUUAGGUGAUAUAACCUUCAAUUUAGCAAAACUCUCCAUUUCCUUCUUGCAUAAUGGCCAGGAGCUUACCCUACAAGGUACAACCACCAAACCAUCUUUAAUGAUGAUAAACAGUAAUUCCAUGAAGAAUUUCAUCAGAAAAAACACUCCUGCCUUAGUGGGUCAGUUUUUUUUAAUUCACUUGUCACCUACUCCACCUGAAGUACCCACCCUUGUAAAAGACCUCCUCAAUAGAUUUGUUGAUGUCUUUGAGGAGCCAACACAACUACCACCACAAACAGCUUUUGUCCAAGAAAUUCUCAAGAAUGGAAUCAUUCAAGAUAGUCAUAGUCCUUUUGCUUCUCCAAUAUUACUUGUGAAGAAGAAAGAUAACACUUGGCGCUUUUGUGUUGACUACAGUAAGCUCAAUGCCAUUACUAUAAAGGAUAAGUUUCAUAUUCCUGUCAUUGAUGAGCUUUUAGAUGAACUUCAUGGGUCUAAGGUAUUCACUAAAUUAGACUUGAGAGAUGGCUACCAUAAAAUUAGAGUACAUCAUUCUGAUAUUCAUAAGACAACUUUUAGAACUCAUCAAGGUCAUUAUGAGUUCCAGGUAAUGUCAUUUGGUCUUACCAAUGCCCCUGUAACCUUUCAGGCACUUAUAAACUCUAUUUUUGGUCCAUACUUAAGAAAGUUUGUCCUUGUGUUUUUUGAUUAUAUUCUGGUUUACAUCCCCAAUCUCACAACACAUGAGCAUCAUCUCUCAGUUGUUCUUUCAUUGCUCAGAGAAUACCAGCUUUAUGUCAAGUACUCCAAAUGUUGUUUUUCCCAGUCUUCUCUUGAAUACUUAGGACACAUCAUCACAGCUGAGGGGGUAGCUGCUGAUCUAGAGAAGAUUGCUUGGUACUACAUAAGUUUUAUUAAGGGGUAUGACACUAUCAAUAAACCACUCACUGAUUUACUCAAGAAAAAUGCUUUCAUAUGGUCACCUUUAGCUGAGGAAUCUUUUUUUACACUCAAGACUGCAAUGUGUACUACUCCAGUACUUGCUCUCCCUGAUUUUUCAAAACGAUUUGUGGUUGAAACUGAUGCUUGUUCUAGAGGCAUUGGAGAAGUUUUAAUGCAAGGGGGGAGGGUCAUUGCUUACUAUAGCAAACCACUGGGACCCAAAGCAUUGGGAUUGUCUACUUAUGAGAAGGAGCUCCUAGUUGUAUUCAAUGCAGUUACUAAAUGGAAACAUUACCUCACUGGCCAUCACUUCAUCAUCGACACUGAUCAGCGGAGCAUAAACCUCAGUAGAGAAUAUAUACAAAAAAUAGAUGUUGUUCUUGACAUUUUGAAAGACACCUUGCAUAAGUCACAAGAACGCAUGAAAUGGUUUGCUGACAAGAAGCGGACUGACAGAUCAUUUGAAGUUGGUGAUUUAGUAUAUUUGAAGCUUUAUCCAUACAGACAUUCCUCCAUAGCCUUGCGCAAGAAUUUCAAGUUGUAUGCAAGAUAUUAUGGUCCCUUUCCAAUCUUGCAGAGGGUUGGUCAAGUUUCUUACAAACUGGAGGUUCCUUCUAGCUCCAAGAUUCACCCAGUUUUUCAUGUAUCGCAACUGAAAAAGAAGAUAGGUGUUGCUGCUAAAACUUCUCCUUCCCUACUAUUGGUUGACUCAGUUGGAGAGAUUAUUCUUAAACCAUUAGCCACUUUGGACUCACGCCAAGUUUUUCGUCAGGGCCAGGCAGUUCAACAGCUUCUUAUCCAGUGGUCACAGACCACACCAGCUUAUGCAACAUGGGAGGACCUGACUCGUGUUACGCGCCCAUUUUCCAAAAUAUCAUCCUUGAGGACAAGGGUAUGCUGA